AUGGCUUCAGCUGCUGCUGUUGCCGCCAAUGAAGCCAGAUCGCCGCUGGGAAAUGACAUAGGCGAGGACAAUGGCUACGUCGGAGAGGUCACGAGUGGCAUAUACUCGAAACAGGAGGGACUACCCGACGUCGAUGGUGGGCUAGAGGAAGAUGAAGACGAGGAUGAUCUCCCCACCAAUCCUUUGAAGUAUUCGAGGAAUCGAGCUUCCAAUGGCGAUGCGGGAGAAGAUGAAGAUGAGCCGGAUCUUUUUGGUGAUGAGGAGGAAGAAGAGCAGACAAAGGUGCGGCAGCUGGAUGACGAAGAGCUUGAUUCGGGCGACGACCAGGACCGGCUGGAUCGAAUAGGUGAUGAGCCCGAGGAAGAGCAGGAAGUCAUGACUAUGGAAAAGGCGGUGAUGGACUUGGAGAUUCCAAGACAGCCUGGUCCGGAGCCCAGCGAUAGAGAGCUGUACCUUUUCAAGGUCCCGGACUUCAUGGCGAUCGAACCGCAGGCGUGGGAUCACUUGACUUUCCAACCACCCAAAACCGAUCACCACUCCAGAUUGGCGGCCUCUGCAACUUUUUCUCCUUACAACACUGCCCUGACAACUAUCCGAUGGCGACACUCACCCUCUAAGCCCUCGCAAUUACAAUCAAACGCCAGGAUCAACCGGUGGUCAGACGGCUCACUGACACUUCAACUCGCCUCCGACCCGACCGUCCAAUACGAAAUAGAUGGCAAUUUCCUUGCACCCCCUCAACGGAAUCCAGUCAAACCCACACCAACAUCCAUCCAAACGAGAAAUCAAAAGGGCGGCAGACAAGGGGUGGACACUACCGAAAAGUACGACCAACGUCACGAUGCCUUUACCUACCUCCUCCGCCCCAACGAGGAAUCGAGUACGCUUAUCGUCACGAACAAAUUUACCACAAACCUCACGGUCAGACAAUCCUCGAAUGUGGAAGGCGAGGCCAUCGAGCGCCUGCAAGCCUCGCUUGCCGCAGCGGCCAAUGCAUCCAAAGUCAACGGCGCAAGCGGUUCGAACCUCCUCGUGAACAUUGACGAGGAUCCCGAGCAAGCCAAGAUCCAAGCUCUAGCCGCAGUCAAAGAACAGGAGAAGGCGAGUAAACGACGACUGGCAGCGAGCGAGCGCGAAGCUGUCAAACUCACUAGUCGCUUGCAAGGUCGCGGCGGUGGCAGGCAUAUGGGGCUGAACGUGGGGAUGCUCGAGGAUGACGAGCUUGGAGGUGAGGGGCAACGCGGGCGCCCGAGUCCCAACAAAGCCCGCGCCAAGCCUCGCCGGAGACGCAAUAGCGAGUACAGCGAGGACGAAGACUUUGGACGCAAGCGCUUCUCGCGCGAGGACGAGUACGAUGAGGAGGAUGACUUUGUGGCGCCGAGUGAUGAGGAGGAGGUGGUGGAGGACGAUGACGAUUCGAAUGACGGGAUUGUCGAGGAGGACUAUGAGAAGACGAGGAAAAGUGGAAAGCAGAAGUCACCAAAGAGAGACCGGGAAGAGGAAGAAGAGCAGGCGGGGGAUGAUGAGGCUGACGCACCAGGGGAAGACGAUGAGGCAGAGGUGCAGCAUGUGCGGACGAAGCGACGUCGGGUGGUGGAUGAUGAGGACGAGGACGAUGAGUGA